AUGUCCUCCCAUCGCAUUCAAGUGUCUCUGGAACAAGCCCAGAGGAUACACCAACGAAAGCUUGCGGAUGCAUCGAGUACCAACCCGGAAUUGCAACUGAACUGGUUCAACUCCAUGAAGCUAGCCUUCAAGGAGAUGGACGAUGUAUUCAGGCUUACCCAGUCUCCCGAUGGGUUUGAGUUCCUAGAUAUAGGGUGUUGCCCUGGAGGCUUUUCUUCAUACAUUUUGGACGCUAAUCCAAAGGCAGAGGGCACGGGUAUAUCGCUCGAGGAAUCUCGAGGCGGACACCCUUUCCUGCUGGAGGAACACCUACAGUCACGCUUUCAUCUCAUCUGGGCGGACGUGACGAAGUACCAACUCGGCCCUGCUCGGCCUCACACAGCAGCAUAUAACCCUUUGCCGUUCUCGCCGUCCUCACACCCAGAUGGGUUUGCCCUUGUGCUCCUAGAUGGUCACGCCUUGAGAAACGCUGCUGGUCCCAGUGUGCCAAAGUUACACAUCCUCGGCAAUCGUCUCCUGAUAUCGCAACUCGUCAUCGCUUUGUCCGUCAUCCGCUAUGGUGGGACCAUGGUCGUGAAGCUAAACAACGUCGAUGAUCCUAAUACGAAGCGUCUGCUCUUCAUGUUCGACGCCCUUGCCGCUGAUACGCGCACCUGGAAGCCUAUCUGCAUCCAUGCGACGCGCCCUACAUUCUAUGUAGUGGCUCGAGGCAUGGGAUGCGGUCAGAAGGCGCACAUGUAUCAGGGCGUACAAGACGGAUUGCAGGCGCUCUGGGCCCGCUUGAUCAUGGGUCAGACUAUGGACGACAAGAGCUUGAACUUCAUCGUUGAUGGACGCACCCUGAAGACCACCUAUGCGCGCCGUCUGUCAGAACUGACUGACCAUAUACGCGCCGUUCAGAACCAGUCCUGCAAGCAGUGGAGAAUGCAGAUGGCAAUGGGAUUUUGA